UAAAACACGUUCUUUCGUUGUAUACCAUCAUAAAAACACAACCAACAACGAGGUCGGUCCCAUUACCAUUUUCCAUCUCUCGAAAUUCGUACAAUUUCUCAGUCUCGUUACAAAGAAGGAUGUUAAAGCUAAACGCAGAAUAACCUCGCCGUUUUACUCUGACACAACAAAAAGACAUAAACGACGAAUCAAAACGCGUCUUUCAAAAUCAAAACAAAAGAAUCAACAACUGUGCGCUUAUAAGUGACUCAUUUCCACUGUCACUCACUUCUUUCUUUUCACAUUUGGAUCUGAUUCUUAAGCUUCCUUUUCUUAACCAUAUAGAAACAACAAAAUCUCAAUUCAAUUCAAAUUCAGCCACUGGCUGAAACUGAAACUGAAACUGAAACUGAAUCAUCAUGGGAAAAUCAACCAACCAUAGCAAGGAAUGGACGCAGAUGAACUCGAUCUACGGAAUGGAGCAAUGGCAAACCCUAAUUUUCCUCUUAUGUCAAGCAAUUUUAUUGUCUGUGUUAUCUGUUCUUUAUCUGGUUUACUUUAAUUCAAUCUGCGGUUUAUUCGAGAGCGUAAUUUCUGGCACAACCGUAGCCAGAUUCGCCGCCGGAUUUACCGGUUCAGUUACAGCUCUCUCCGCGGUGUGUCUUUUCUUCGCGGCGGCGAAUUUCUUUUACUCAGCCAUUCCGCUUCACUACGACAUGGCACAGAGGAUCGUUUCCGCUGUUAACGACUGGUCCUCCGUGAAACUUGCUCUCGAUUUAGGUUGCUGCGGCCGCGGGAUCCUCCUCAACGCCGUCGCGACGCAGCUGAAGAAAGAAGGAAGCUCCGGCCGUGUCGUCGGCCUUGACAGAUCGAAACGGACUACGCUGUCAACUCUCCGGUCUGCGAAAAUGGAAGGCGUCGGAGAAUACGUGACGUGUCGUGAGGGAGAUGCACGUCGAUUGCCGUUUCCGGAUAAUUACUUCGAUGUGGUGGUUUCCGGCGUGUUUGUUCAUACUGUAGGGAAAGAGUACGGACAGAAAACGGCGGAGGCGGCGGCGGAGAGGAUGAGAGCGGUGGCGGAGAUGGUGAGAGUGAUGAAACCGGGAGGUGUAUGCGUUGUGUGGGACCUAGUGCACGUGCCAGAGUACGUGCUUAGGUUGCAGGAAUUAAAGAUGGAAGAUGUUAGAGUUUCGGAACGUGUAACCGCUUUCAUGGUCAGUAGUCACAUUGUAUCAUUCAGGAAACCAAGUCAGCACGUGCAUGGACCCGCUGAGGUUCGCUUGGAUUGGAGAUUAUGCUGACGUGGAAUUUCAUUACUAUCCUAUAUUGACAGACGAGAAAAAUAUAUAUAUUAUAUAGAAAUAUUUUUAUAAUGUUAAAUACUUUUCUUUUUUUAUAUUUCAAAGUAUGAUUGAGUUUCUAAGGGUAAAGUUAUGGCUGGGGAGGCGAAGUCGAACCAGAUGUUUAGAAUUAUCUGAUUUUUGUAAAUUUACUGAUGAUUUUAUAUAUAGCAAUGAGAUUGUAUGACUAUCA